AUGAUAAUAGAUGAAUUAAAAGAAUUUCAAUCUUUCUUUUUUGACCUUGAUGGAGUGAUCUGAAACAACCAUAGACCUUUGCCAGGUUCUUCUGAGCUAAUCCAAAGACUCCAAACCCUAGGAAAAGAAAUCUACUUCAUCUCUAACAAUUGCGAGCUUUCCAGAAGAAACAUUUGUGAAGCUUUAGAAAGAUAUAGCAUACACUCAAAAAUAGAGAAUAUAAUUUGUGGCUCCUCCAGCUGUGCUCUCUGAGCUACAAACAACUGUCAAGCUCAUUCAAAGAUAUUAACAAUUGGAGCAAAAGGGCUAGAUGAAGAGCUUGUUGACGCAGGAUUUCACAUAGUUCCUGCGGCCUCUCUUAUUAGUCCUGAUGUAGAUUAUGCUGAUAUACAAACUGAUGAUGAUAUAAAAAUAGUUGUAGUUGCUGAUACUUUGACGUUGAGUUAUCAUAAUAUUGCAUAUGCCUCAAGAUGCAUGCAAAAAGGAGCGAAAUUAAUUGCUCCAAACUAUUAUGAUGCCAACUGAAAACUAGGAAGGUUUAAAAUUCCAUGCUCAGCUUGCACAAUUAAUGCUUUAGUUGCUUCCGCUCGUGAUAAGACUUUUGUUACCCCUGGGAAGCCGCACCCAAUGAUGCUGGAAAGUAUUAUCAAAAGAGACAGUUUAGAUAAAGCCAAAAUUAUUAUUUUUGGAGACACUAUGCCAACUGAUAUUUUAUUAGCAAAAAACUGUGAAGUAAAAUCUGCACUUGUGCUGACAGGAAAUGAAAGCUCGGAGUCAUAUUUGAGAUUUUCGUUUAGGCCUGAUUUUGUAUAUACAAAUUUGGUGGAGGUUCUUAAGUAA